GUGAUGAUUGUGUUAGACGACGCGGAAUGUACACACUGCACUUGUAAAUAAUAAAUUAAUUGUUGCUAAUUUAGUUAAUGAGUUUAAAGAAUAUAAUUUUAUUUUACGAAUAAUGACUCGUUCUAUUCUAAGCUAUGAAACUCUUGUUCGUGCUAUGGCUGGAGCUACGGUUUGUUUUUAUGAUUAACAUGAUUUGAAUUUAUAACUUAAAUUAUUAAAUUUAAAUAACACAAUGUACCAUUUUAGGGAAGUGUAGUAGGAAUGGCAGUAUUUUAUCCAUUGGAUAUACUACGAUCAAGACUUCAAGGUAAUAAUAUAUUUUUUUAUUUAUAAUAUUUAUCUUUAACACUGCAGUGGGCAUUACACAUUCGUUGUCAGAGAAUUUCUUAUUUUUUUUCAUAAAAAUUUAUGUAGUGUUUUUAGGUACUUUAAUACAUCUAAUUAAAAAAUAAAUGAGUUUUUACUUUCAGUUGAUGAAGCUGCUAAAUUAAAAGGAUCGUCAUUGGAGUUAUUAGUGCAACUAGCAAAUGAUGAAGGAAUUAUGUCAUUGUACCGCGGUUUGGCACCUGUUCUGCAAUCCAUUUCAGUGUCAAAUUUUGUUUAUUUUUAUUCUUUUCAUACAUUACGUAGGUUUACUCCAAAAGGUAACUCCGCAAUACAAGACUUAAUGUUUGGUAUAUUAGCUGGAAGUAUUAAUGUUCUUAUGACAUCUCCUCUUUGGGUUGUUAACACAAGAAUGAAGUUAGAAAAAAAUAAUUACACCAGUCUUGUUGAAGGCCUAGGUGAUGUUUAUAAAAAAGAAGGUGUGCAUGGGCUUUGGUCUGGUACAGUACCAUCACUGCUUUUAGUUUCUAAUCCAGCCAUUCAAUUCAUGGUUUAUGAAGCAUUGAAAAGAAAAUUAAUGUCUGCUGGUUAUUUUGACAACUAUGCAGCAUUUUUGGUUGGUGCUAUAGCAAAGGCUAUUGCAACAACCUUAACUUAUCCACUACAGUUGAUUCAAUCUAGACUCCGUGCUGGCACUAAUUUAAAACCUUUGUUUAGAGAUAUGAAAUCUAAACCAACCACUAUGUUUCGUGGUUUAGAAGCAAAAUUGUUACAGACUGUGAUGACAGCAGCAUUAAUGUUUGUUAUUUAUGAAAAACUUGUACGAUUAGUAUUGUCUAUAAUGAGAGUUAAAAUGUCAUAAAAACAUUGAACAAUUUAAAAUUCUGUGCAGUCAUUCAAUAUUAAGUUUCUACCAUAUUGUCUUUACAACAGCCAAUCUAAUGUGAUAUAUUUUGGAGUUGGUGUUUAUAUAAUGUAUUUAGUAGCCAGUUGUUCAAUCAUCAGACAAAAUGUAUAUUAUCAUCAAUAUUACAGCCCUUCAAAAGUCUCUGCUGAACAUAGGCCUCCCUAAAAUGAGGCUUAAUAAGCACAGUCCUGGGCUACUGGUAUUCAUUUCAAUAUCUCGUUAACAGGUGAAAUAUUAAAUGUGUAGUAACUUUUUAAUGAAUAAUAGUUGUGUAGUGUACACAUUAUUUUGAUUGUACUUCAACAUAUAAUUCCAAUAGAAUCACAGAAAAUAAGUUUGUAUGUUAAUGAGAUCCAAUUCACCUCAGCUCAGGACCAACAUACGUACUUUUCGAGGUACGGGGUGAAACAUUGCUGCAAACACUCCGUGCUACUACUGAGGAUUUGUUGACAGAAAAACCCAAAAACUAAAUUUUGUCCAGUUUGAGAUUGAAACCUGGGAUCUCAUGCUCAGCAGUCGUACAUUCAACCUCUAGAGCGAGGCAGUGAAUAAUUUAAUAAAAGAUUAUUGAUGAGGAAAAAACAAUAAAUGCAGUCAAUGGAACUUCUAUGAGAGGCCACAUUUGUGUGCAAGGAAAGAGCGAUUUUAGUGAGGUGACGUUUAAUGGAUAUCUUCUUUAGUCUUCUUCAGAAUAUUUGAAUUGGACUCCAGAUACUAUGCCAACCAUUAUUUUUGUUUCAUAUUUAUAUUAAAACAGUAUGUAGAGAGGUAAAAUAUUGCAAUGUUAUUCUCACAGUCUGAUAUUUAUCAUUGUGUUAUAUUUAAUAAAGACAAAGACAUCUUGUUUGUUGUUAUCUAAAUCUAAUUUGAAGCCGGACAAGUUCUGUGUUGUAAAAGAAAAAGAUUGUUUAUAUCUUACAGGAGAUUUACUAAAUUGUUAUUAUUUAUUAUUUUAUAUAAAAUUUUAUCUAUCUAUUUUAUCUAAAAGUUAAAGACAGCCUAUGUGCUACAGAAAAUUUAGCAGUUAAGUUGUUAAAAAUUAAAAUUAUACUUACUUUCGAGAUUUGCAUUGGGCAUUAUGUUUUUACACUAUUGUUGUAAGUAUAUUUGUUGUUUUGAAAUCCUUUUUAUACUGUUAUCUUGAAAGGUAUGUUGUUGGCUAAUGAAUUAAUCACAGACUCGGACAAAGAAACAAUCAAUGCUUUUGCCAUAUGUUUAUAUCAAUAAACUUAAUAAAAGGACUGCAAUCCGACUAAAAGAUUGCAUUUAGUUAAUCAUUUAACAGACGGCACAUGCCACUAACCAAGUUAAGUCAUUAUACUGCGACAUCUACGAAAUGCAAUAUUAAGGUGUGGUAUAGAUGUUAUUACAAAAUAUUUAAAAAUUUGGGAAAUAAGUAAACAUUAUUAUAAACUGAAACCUACUUUUUUUAUUCCCCCACCAAUAAACAAAACUAUCAAGUCUUCACUAUCGUUCCGUCUGUCUGUCAGUAGGCUGUCUCUUAUGAACCGUAAUAUGUAGAAUUUUCACAGAAUGUGUAUUUAUAUUGCUGCUAUAACAU